AAGGACCUGCUUGCCAUCUGCCAUUCUAAGAAAUUCCCGAAAUGGACCCAGGUAAACAAGAUGCCCUGCAUAGGAUUGAGAAUUCCAUUUACAGAACAGCCUUCAAAUUACGAUCAGUGCAAACUCUGUGCCACUUGGACUUGAUUGACAGUUCCCUGAUUCAGCAUGUCCUACUACGUCAAUGUUUCUGGGAAGCAAGAGAGAGUCCCCUCUCCGUGCAGCAGCUUCUUCAGACCCUCCAGGAGCUGUUUCAGAGAGUCAGGGUGGCAAACCCAGGGCAGGUGCAUCCCAGAGCUUCGGUGCUCACCCUGAGCCUUCUCACAGCGAUGUACGACAGCACAGGAACGGGCUUUCUCAAGCUUGCCCCUGCAGCUGCUGCCCUGAUUGCCCUCUCCGGGGACAGCCCGCUUACAAAAUACAGAGCUCUUUUUCAGCUCUAUGCAGAAAAGUACAAGGAAGGUUAUGAUUCUGAGGCACACAUGACACGAAUGGUUUUGAGAAACCUACUAACAGAUCUGCAGCAGAUCCCAACUGUAGUGGGGGAGAGCCGUGCUCCGUGCUCUGUGGAAAGCGCUGUACGAAGCUGUUUCCAAGGGGUGUUGAGCCCAGCAGUCAAAGAAGAGAAAUUCCUGUCCUGGUUACAGUCUGAGCCUCCCAUCCUCCUGUGGCUCCCGACCUGCUACCGAUUGUCAGCCACCGAGCUGGUCACUCACCCUGCUCGGUGCAGCAUCUGCGGGAGCUUCCCCAUCGCGGGACUGAGAUACCGCUGUCUGAAGUGUCUCGACUUUGACGUCUGCCAGGUGUGUUUCUUAUCUGGUCUUCACAGCAAGGCCCACUAGAAGUCUCAGCCCGUGACGGAGUCCUGCGUCCAGGUGUCAGCAAAGGAGAACACAAAACUCCUCCUCGGGGCCCUCAGAAGCAACCUGCUCCAAGGACGCCGUGGGAAGCGGUGGCUGCUGGACCAAGUGAAGCCCGAGGGCGUGGCUGACCGUGCCCGGGCCGGGCUCCUUAAAAAACGGUUACAACGACCCAAGGACAAGUUGCGAGCCAUAUAUGCCUCCCAGGAAGAAAAAAGUUGCAGAUUUGAAACAAAGAUUCACGAACUCACAAUGAACCAGGAUAGUCUGUGGACCACGCUACAGCAGAUGGGACAGGAUCUGCAGGCAAUAUUGCAGCCACUACAUCCUUCGUCUUCUGCCUGUCAAAAUACGGUUUCCAAGGGUGACCAUGGAAAGGGUGAAAGGUUUUGGAGGGGAAGAGAUUCUUCCCAGAUCAAGAAUGCCACUGAGGAUGGUUCAGAAAAGGAAGCUCUUCCUACCCACACCGUGACUGACAAAAGUCACGGAAGUCAAGCAAACACAGAGCAUGCUCCACCAAAUGCAGACUCGCCACAGACUGUUUUGCAGGCGAGGUCAAUGCGAAGCCCCAGGGCACAAAUCCAAGCACAAAAGACCUCGAAGGAAAUCUUCAGCUCCCUACCCAGUUCCCAGGAAGGACUUCUACUGGACACCCCCCAAAUUGCUCCUGCUGAAAUGAACCAUCCUGCUCUGGCACCUGUGGAAAAUAAAGAGACAGUUAACACCCAGGAGGGAAAGCAUGAGCUCGAGGAAGAGGAGCUGCAAGGAUUGUUGUCAAAACUCACAGAUGCCUUCACUCUAGAAACGGCAUCAGACCCGCAGUCUUCAGGAAACACGGAGCUGUAUCGUGGAGCUGAGCACGUCCGCAGGAGCUUCUCUGCCCUUCUGGAUCACAUCACCUUGCCCAACGUGAAGUGA